UUAAGUUCAUUUCCUCUAGUGGCAUGACGUAGGUGGGGGAGGAAGAUAGGGAUCGACUAUGGAACGAGCUGAAGAUGCAACCUUAUAACGGUACCGGCUGAUAGAUAGCUGAACUCUUUGUUCACAUCAAAAAAAGUGGAGGACCCGAUGAGACAGACAAAAACACAGACAUGCAGUUCAAAUACAGAAGGCACUGAUUUAUUUUUAUAGGAUAUUUUUCUGUGCUCCUUCAAGGGCUGGGUCCGUUAUCGCUGUUGUUGGCGGAACCGGCUGGCCAAGAUGUCUGUGGAAGAACAGGAAUAUCCCGAGGCGACUCUUGUGGCAGAGGCCGGGCCGCAGUGGUUUCGGGCGGAAUUAGAGCGCCUAUCCCGGGAGCUGAGCGAGACGACUCAUGAGAAGAUCCAGGCGGCGGAAUACGGGCUGGCGGUGCUCGAAGAGAAGCAACAGCUCAAACAGCGUUAUGACGAGUUGGAGACCGAGUUCGAGACUGUUCGGCAUGAACUCGACCAACUGAAGGAGGCAUUCGGCCAGGCCUACUCCACCCAUAGGAAGGUGGCUGCAGAUGGGGAGAGCAGGGAGGAGUCACUAAUGCUGGAGUCAGCAAGUAAGGAGGCCCAAUACCAGCAGAUGGUCCUGGAGCUGCAGAACGAGCUGCGGUUGGCCAGGACUGCCCUCACCUGCAACCAAUCAGAGAAUGAGCGCCUGGCCUCCGUUGCCCUGGAGAUGAGAGAGAGUUCUGAGCUGGUGGAGCUGCAGCGCAGCCAACUGCGUGAUGACAUCAGAGAGUAUAAGGUGCGAGAGGCACGCCUGCUGCAGGACUAUAGUGAGCUGGAGGACGAGAACAUCUCCCUGCAGAAACAGGUGUCCCUGCUCCGACAGAGCCAGGUGGAGUUUGAGGGUCUGAAGCAUGAGAUCUGUCGUCUGGAAGAGGACUCCCAGUGCCUCCACAGCCAGUUGGAGGAGGCCAUGCGCCUGCGGGAGAUCGCCGAGCACCAGCUGACCGAGGCUCUGGAGACCAUUAAGACUGAGCGCGAGCAGAAGGCCGCCCUGCGUAAAGAACUGUCCCACUACAUGACCAUUGGGGACAACCUGUUACCGUACCACCACAGCCCUCUGAACAUCUCCCUGGACGGCUUCAAGUUCAGAGAGGAUCCCACUGCUGCCACGAACGAACCCAACAAUGAUGACUCGUUCCAUGGCUAUGAGAACGGCCUGGCUAAGAUGGCUGCAGACUGCAACGAGGAUAACAGAGCCAAGCUCCGGCCCGCCCCCAGCCUAGUAGAUGACCUGCUGAGUGAACUCAACAUCUCAGAGAUCCAGAAACUCAAGCAGCAGCUCAUGCAGGUUGAGCGGGAGAAGGUAGCACUACUUUCCUCCCUGCAGGAGGCCCAGAAGCAGCUAGAGGUGGCCCACGGGACUCUGUCUGAGCAGCAGGAGAUAGUAGGACGUCUCACCGAGAACCUCAGCGCCAUGAGGAAACUCCAGGCCAGCAAGGAGCGCCACUCGGCCAUGGACAGCGAGAAGGAGCGUGACAGCCGUGACGAUGGUGACGGGGACUACUACGAGCUGGACAUCAACGGGCCUGAGAUCCUGCAGUGUAAGUACACAGUGGCUGUGUCCGAGGCCGGGGAGCUCAGACAGGAGCUUAAGACUCUUAAAGCAGAGUACCAGUCAUGCCGGAGCCAGUACGAGGAGGAGCGAGCCCACCUGGAGAGCAACGUGGCAGGGCUGAGCGAGAAGCUAGCUUCCCUGGAGAAGAGCAGCCGGGUGGAGCACGAGGAGAUGGAGCGCCUGGAGAAGGACCUGCGGCGGGUGAGCGAGUCGGCAGGGGAGUCGCAGGGAAGUCUGAAUGUGGCGCAGGACGAACUGGUGGUGUUCAGUGAGGAGCUGGCCAACCUCUACAACCACGUGUGCAUGUGCAACAAUGAGACGCCCAACCGCGUCAUGCUUGACUACUACAAGGAGGGCAAGGCCAGCGUAGGUGGCGGGGGCGGCCGGGAGGGGAAAGGACGACGUCUGUCCCACGUUCUGCUCUCCAACGGGCUAGUCCCUGAUACUGACCCCAGUAAACCUGAAGCUAAUGACCCAGCCGCCCCAGCCCCAGUCUCAGCUCCAGAAUCCCGCCCAGAGCCUAUGAACAUCUAUAACCUUGUGGCCAUCAUUAGGGACCAGAUCCGUCACCUGCAGCAGGCGGUGGACCGCACCACAGAGCUGUCCCGCCAGAGGAUGGCCACCAUGGAGCUGAGCACCGUGGCUGAUAAGGACAGCGAGGCCUGCAUGGGGGAGAUCCUCAAACUCAAGUCCCUCCUCAGCACCAAGAGGGAGCAGAUCGCCACCCUGAGGACCGUGCUCAAAGCCAACAAACAUACGGCUGAGGUGGCGCUGGCCAACCUGAAGAGUAAAUACGACAAUGAGAAGACCAUGGUGAGGGAUACCAUGUUGAAGCUCCGCAACGAGCUGAAGGCUCUGAAAGAAGACGCUGCCACCUUCUCCUCACUACGGGCCAUGUUCGCAACAAGGUGUGAUGAGUACGUAACUCAGCUGGACGAGAUGCAGAGACAGCUGGUUGCGGCGGAGGACGAGAAGAAGACCCUGAACUCCCUGCUCCGCAUGGCCAUCCAGCAGAAGCUUGCCCUGACCCAGCGUCUGGAGGACCUGGAGUUUGAUCAUGAGCAGGCGCGCCGUGGUGGGGUUACAGGAGCAACGACGAGCAGUCGGGGCAAGACCUCGUCGGCGCGGGGCAAAGGGGCCUCGGCCAAUCAUCACUAAUUUAAUCAAGCCGUGUCCUUCAAAGGUUGACAGUCAGCUUGCCGAUGAUUACUUCAGUGUCCCCUCCUGGCCUGAGACAAAUGUCAGAGACACGUACUGCUGUAGUGUGAGGACUUUGUUACUGCACACACACACACACACACACACACACACACACACACACACACACACACACACACACACACACACACACACACACACACACACACACACACACACACACACACACACACACACACACACACACACACACACACACACACACUCUUGACCUUUACAGACGCGUGAAAUCCCCAGGGGUUUGGUGUCUUGGUGUGGCUGCAGGAAACAACAAAGUCUCAUGGGUAUGAUGACCAUAGAGAUAUCUAGGUCUAUUUCUGUGGGAAUGACCAUAGAGAUAUCUAGGUCUAUUUCUGUGGGCAUGACCAUAGAGAUAUCUAGGUCUAUUUCUGUGGGCAUGACCAUAGAGAUAUCUAGGUUUAUUUCUGUGGGCAUGACCAUAGAGAUAUCUAGGUCUAUUUCUGUGGGUAUGACCAUAGAGAUAUCUAGGUUUAUUUCUGUGGGCAUGACCAUAGAGAUAUCUAGGUUUAUUUCUGUGGGAAUGACCAUAGAGAUAUCUAGGUCUAUUUCUGUGGGCAUGACCAUAGAGCUAUCUAGGUUUAUUUCUGUGGGCAUGACCAUAGAGAUAUCUAGGUUUAUUUCUGUGGGAAUGACCAUAGAGAUAUCUAGGUCUAUUUCUGUGGGCAUGACCAUAGAGCUAUCUAGGUUUAUUUCUGUGGGCAUGACCAUAGAGCUAUCUAGGUUUAUUUCUGUGGGAAUGACCAUAGAGAUAUCUAGGUUUAUUUCUGUGGGAAUGACCAUAGAGAUAUCUAGGUCUAUUUCUGUGGGUAUGACCAACAGUUUGACCCCCCAUUGUGAUUCAGUCACUCAUCCCACAUUGUCCACCACUAUACUGGUAUUACUCUGUCUGUGUUUCCCCUGAUGACUGCACACUUUUCAUGUCUUUUUAUUUCUCUUUUUUUGCUUGUAAUUCACACCUCAGUGAAUUUGUGAGGUGUUCAUACGCUUUUAAGAAUUGUUACAUGUUUGGUCAUUGGAGCAUUAAUUAGUCAUUUAAAUAUUUGAGCUUUUGUCAUUAUAUAACUGUCAGAUUGAUAACAACAUUUCCAUGGAGAGCAAACCAGCAAAGUCAUAGGAACUAACUUGCUCCAGUUUUCUCUGGGGUCAAUAUUCAAUAGGACUCACAAGCUAACAGACAUUCUCUACAAGCACAUAGAUGAACAUCUUAAAUUGGAAUUAGUUUUUUCUCUCUUUUUUUCAAAUCUUGUCACAUAUUGAUAAUGUGCUUAAAAAAGGUUAACCAGUGAGAGCAGGAUGUUCCAGCAGGACAUUCAACCAGUGUGUGCCCAGUGGGUACUUUUUAGACCAGUAGUUUGUUCUGUCCACAAAAGAGAAGCCACAUUUAGAUUUGAAUGUUUUCUAUGUCUUUGAGAAUUGUGGUGAGAGGUUAUGACCCCAGUCAAUAACAGAUUGAGGAAAAUAAUAGGAACUGUGGUGAAUUGUGUGAAGUGAUUCUGCCAUCCUGCAAGCAUGCAGAGUUGCAAAUUUAGGGGCUAUUAUUAUGAUUAUUAUUAAUCGAUAAACCUUAUUUUAAGAGUAAUGAUACCACAGCUGUUAACUUUGGCUGUCUAGUUAAUAGUGGUUCAGAGCGUUUUCGGUGAUGGCUGAGGGAGAGAUUACUAAUGCAAAUACGUAUUUAUACUCUACCUUUGUAUGGCAAAGUUCAGGCGACUAUGGUGGAGACUUUUUGUAUUGUCUGUUUUAAUGCAAUUUUAUGAGCCCUUUUUACAUCCUCUAAAAGUGUUGUUGUGAUUUCAACAAACAGACUAAGUUAAGUCAUGAACACAUCUGCAGUGCCAUUUAAUUUAUUGUUGAUGCAAUAAAAGUUACAUUUGGGAUUCUC